UAGAUAAGACUUUCCCAAAAGGCAAAUGGCGGGCGAUGAAGGAGGAAGUAGCUAACGAAGUUUCAUUGUUUCUCCAAAUCAUCGGGUGCUGAAUUUUUAUUUAUUGCAUCGUCUUAAUUAGGGGUAUUCAGAUCAAAGUCACAACAUGGAACCACAGAACAACAAUCACUUUGACUUAUCAGAUCUAACAACAGAUGAACAGAAACUGCUUACAAGUAUCAGGGAAAGAAAGGCUAAGCUGCUAAAGGAGAUACAGGAGCUUAAAGAUGAGAUAGCAGAAGUUGCCAAUGAAAUGGAGGCCAUUGAUGUCUCCGAGGAUAGCAAAAACAACCCCAAAACAAAGCAGAUGUCCAUUGGAAAGAAGAAAUUCAAUAUGGAUCCCAAAAAGGGUAUUGAGUACCUGAUUGACAAUGGACUGCUGCCCAAUGAUCCAGCAGAGGUGGCCAAGUUCCUACACCAGGGAGAGGGACUUAACAAGACCGCCAUAGGGGACUACCUCGGGGAAAGACAUGAAUUUAACAUCAAUGUGUUGAAGGACUUUGUGAACUUACAUGAGUUCUCAAACAUGAUCCUGGUUCAGGCUUUGAGGCAAUUUCUGUGGAGUUUCCGUUUGCCAGGGGAAGCCCAGAAAAUUGACAGAAUGAUGGAAUGUUUUGCACAGAGAUAUUGUGAAUUAAACCAAGAUGUAUUCACAAGUUCAGACACAUGCUAUGUGCUGUCCUUUGCCAUUAUCAUGCUGAAUACCAGUCUACACAACCCCAGCGUGAAAGACAAACCUACUGUCGACCGCUUCAUACAGAUGAACAGGGGCAUCAACGAUGGUGGAAACCUGCCCGAGGACCUCCUAACUAGUUUGUAUGACAGCAUCAAAAAGGAACCGUUUAAGAUUCCAGAAGAUGAUGGAAAUGACCUCAUGCACACAUUCUUCAACCCAGACAAGGAGGGGUGGUUGUGGAAACAAGGAGCUUCCAAAAAAUUGAGUGGUCGAUACAGAAGCUGGAAAAGAAGAUGGUUCAUCCUUAACGAUAACUGCCUCUACUACUUCCAGUUCACAACUGACAAAGAACCAAAGGGGAUUAUACCAUUGGAGAACAUACAAGUAAGAGUGGUUCCUUCAGAGAAGUCGUCCAAACCUAAUGCGUUUGAAUUGUAUGCUGCAAGUAACGACAUCAUUAAGGCUUGUAAAGUGGACAGGGAAGGCAAGGUUGUGGAAGGCAAACACAAUGUGUACCGGAUGUCAUCGGCAACAGCUGAUGACCAGGACGAGUGGAUCCGGUGUAUCAGGGCCAGUAUAAGUGAGAAUCCGUUCUAUGAUAUGCUGUCUGCCCGUAGGAAGAAGGUUAUUACAAAGUGAUGAGCCUGUAGGACACACGACC